CCUCCUUCUUCCAUGUACGUGUGUGUGUGUGCGCGCGCGCGCGUGCGUGUGUGUCGUAUAAAAGGCAGCGUGUGCGUCAGUAGCAGAUGUUCGUGUCUCACUGCAUUACCCCAUUACAGGUACACGGUGAGAGGACAAAAGAGCAAAAUGCGUGAGUGCAUCUCCGUCCACGUUGGCCAGGCUGGUGUUCAGAUGGGAAACACCUGCUGGGAGCUCUACUGUUUAGAACAUGGCAUCCAGCCUGAUGGUCAGAUGCCAAGCCAGAAGCCUGUUGGUGGCCAUGAUGACUCCUUCACCACUUUCUUCAGUGAGACUGGAGCUGGCAAAUAUGUACCUCGUGCCAUCUUUGUGGACCUGGAGCCAACUGUCAUUGAUGAGGUUCGUACUGGAACCUACCGCCAACUCUUCCACCCAGAACAGCUGAUCUCUGGCAAAGAAGAUGCAGCUAAUAACUAUGCUCGUGGUCACUACACCAUUGGCAAGGAGAUCAUUGACUCUGUCCUUGAUCGCAUCCGCAAACUGGCUGACCAGUGCACAGGCCUUCAGGGCUUCCUGGUCUUCCACAGCUUCGGAGGAGGCACUGGCUCUGGCUUUACUUCCCUCCUGAUGGAACGUCUCUCUGUAGACUUCGGCAAAAAAUCCAAGCUGGAGUUUGCCAUAUACCCUGCUCCACAGGUGUCCACAGCUGUGGUGGAGCCAUACAACUCCAUCCUGACCACCCACACCACACUUGAGCACUCUGACUGCGCCUUCAUGGUUGACAAUGAGGCCAUCUAUGAUAUCUGCCGUAGGAACCUGGAUAUUGAGCGUCCAUCUUACACCAACCUCAACCGGCUCAUAAGUCAGAUUGUGUCCUCAAUCACUGCUUCUCUGCGCUUCGAUGGUGCCUUGAAUGUUGACCUGACCGAGUUCCAGACCAACCUGGUCCCAUAUCCCAGAAUCCACUUUCCUCUUGCUACCUAUGCACCAGUGAUUUCUGCUGAGAAAGCUUACCAUGAGCAGCUGUCGGUGGCUGAGAUCACCAAUUCCUGCUUUGAGCCAAGCAACCAAAUGGUGAAGUGUGACCCAAGGCAUGGAAAAUACAUGGCAUGUUGCCUUCUGUACCGCGGUGAUGUGGUGCCCAAAGAUGUCAACGUGGCCAUUGCAGCCAUUAAGACCAAGAGAAGCAUCCAGUUUGUGGACUGGUGUCCCACUGGAUUCAAGGUGGGAAUCAACUACCAGCCACCCACUGUGGUGCCUGGAGGUGACUUGGCGAAGGUCCAAAGGGCUGUGUGCAUGCUGAGCAACACUACCGCCAUUGCUGAAGCCUGGGCUCGCCUGGACCACAAGUUUGAUUUGAUGUACGCCAAGCGGGCCUUUGUGCACUGGUACGUUGGUGAAGGCAUGGAAGAAGGUGAGUUCUCUGAGGCCAGAGAAGACAUGGCUGCCCUGGAGAAGGACUACGAAGAGGUUGGGAUCGACUCUUUUGAGGAAGAGGAAGAGGGAGAAGAAUUCUAAGAUGGAAUCGACUUCUGGAAAGCCAAUAAAAUCCUGCCAUCAUUACCAAAGAAAGCACAAUGCGCAAUCUUGUGGUAUUGUCAUAAAAUAUAGCUACAAAUGUUUGUCAUUUGGUCAAAUCUUUUUUUUUUUUUUUUUACUAGAAGUGUCCAAAUAACUAUGAAAUUAAAAUAAAGAUGUAAACUGGU